GUUACACAAACUUAUUUUCUUAUGCAAAUAUCCCUUGUGAAUGAUCAGCCAACCAUGGCCACGAUGACAUGCCAUGUGGUGGCAAUGCCCUAUCCUGGUAGAAGUCAUAUCAACGCGGUGAUGAACUUGUGUAAGCAGCUAUCUGCUCGUGUCAAAUACGACAUCCUCAUCACCUUCGUCGUCACCCAAGAGUGGUUUGGAUUGCUCAGGUCUGAUCCAAAACCUGAUAACAUUCAAUUUGCCACCAUACCCAAUGUUGUGCCUUCUGAGCAUGUUCGUGCAGAAGACUUGAGUGGCUUUCUUGAGGCAGUCUCGACCAAGUUGGAAGCUCCCUUUGAGGAGCUUCUUGAUGGCCUUCAUGAGCCUCCAGUGAAGGUUAUCAUAGCUGAUAGCAUUAUGGCUUGGCCCAUCCAUGUUGGUAACAGGAGGAAUAUUCCAGUGGCUUCCUUCUGGCCACUCUCUGCUUCUAUGUUUUCAGUGUUCUAUCACUUUGAUCUUCUCAAACAAAGAGGCCAUUACCCAAUUCAAGCCCCAGACGUAGAGCGUGGAGACAAAAUUGUAGACUAUAUCCCAGGCAUUUCUACAACUCCUCUUUCAGAUUUAUCUGAUCGGCUUUUCCACAGUAACAAUGAAAAAAUGGCUGAAUUAAUAAUAGAGGCUGUUUCUAAGGUAACCAAAGUACAAUACCUUCUAUCAACUUCAGUGUAUGAGCUUGAAUCACAAGUCUUUGAUGUCUUGAAACUCAAAUUCUCCUUCCCUUUGUACUCUAUAGGACCUAUCAGUAUUAGUCCUCAGAUUCAACUUGAAAAUACCUUUGAUGACACCACUAAUAUUAGUACUGUUGUAGAGUAUAUACAGUGGUUAGAUUCUCAACCUGAAGCAUCUGUUUUGUACAUCUCGUUUGGUAGUUUUCUUUCAGUUUCAGAUACCCAAUUGGAUGAAAUUGUGGCUGGGAUACGAACUGGUGGUGUUAGACACAUGUGGGUGGCACGUGAGAAUGUGUCAAAGAUCAAAGAUGGUUGUGGUGAUGUGGGGUUUGUGGUGCCAUGGUGUGACCAAUUAAGGGUGUUGUGUCAUCCUUCUAUUGGUGGAUUUUGGACUCACUGUGGCUGGAAUUCUACUUUGGAAGCUAUUUUUGCUGGGGUUCCAAUGUUGACUUUUCCUAUAACUGCAGACCAACAUUCUAAUAGCAAACAAAUUGUAGAGGAAUGGAAAAUUGGUUGUAAGGUUAAUGAUAAGAAGAAGAUAAUAUGUGCAGGGACUGAUCAUGUUAGUUUAGUCAGUAGAGAUGAGAUUUCGGUACUUGUACAGAGAUUCAUGGAUCCAGAUAGCAUUGGCAUGAAAGUGAUGAAAAACAGAGUCAAAGAACUUCAAAAAUCAUGUCAACUAGCAGUCUCCAAAGGGGGUUCAUCCUACAAAAAUCUUGAUGCUUUUAUUGAGGAUAUUUCACCAAGCAAUUAAGAGACAUAGGCUUGUAAUUAUUACGAGAUAAAAGCUAUGAGUUAUAUGACUGAU